AUGCUUGUCUCGGGAUGCUCUAAUUCGUUGCUGACCAAGUUACAGGACAUGCAGUGUGUGGGUAAUUGUGAUGCUAAAGAUCCUAAGAAGAGAAAGCUUUUCGAACAGCCUGUGUUCCAGACGGCGCAAAUGUUUUUUGCUGAGACCUCGGUGUGGUUGAUGUAUUGGAUCAUGAAGUAUCAAGCCAGUAAGAGCCGACGAGGUUACACGACGGUAGAUGAUGCCGCUAGUGUCACUAGCAGCGGAACCAAGAAACUAGAAGGCUACAGGACUUUGCUUCUGGCAAUUCCAUCUAGUCUGGAUUUGCUGGCAACCACAUUAAUGAAUGUAGGACUGCUGUUGGUUCCAGUCUCUAUCUACCAGAUGACUAGAGGUUCGGUUGUUCUUUUUGUAGGAUCUCUGUCAACCAUAUUUCUCAAACAUCGCAUCACGAGGAAGCAAUGGAUUGGUCUGUUCAGUGUUUGCUGUGGUGUUUUCCUCGUUGGAUUGAGUGCUGCUUUUGACAAAAAGCCUUCUAUUCCUGAAGAUAUAAGCGGUGGUCAAUCACCCGCUGAGUCUUCUGUUAGCUGGGAAGUUGUAUUGGGUGUCCUUUUAAUUCUGUUCGCACAGAUUUUUACUGCUUCUCAGUUUGUGGUCGAAGAGCAUAUUCUUGAGAAGUACUCUUUAGAGCCCAUCAAGGUUGUCGCCUGGGAAGGUAUCUUUGGAGUCUCUAGUGUAAUUAUUGGAUCAACUUUGAUCUAUACGCUUUUUGGCAGACAUAAUCCAAAGCUCGAAAUCUUUGAUAUUUCCGAGGGCGUCAAGCAGGCCAUGGGUAAUCGUGUCAUGGUGCUCAUUUCACUCUCGAUCAUGCUCUCCAUGGCCAUAUUCAAUAUCUGCGGACUCACUGUUACAAACAAAAUCAGUGCCACAUCGAGAUCCACUAUUGAUACAUCCCGGACCCUUGGAAUCUGGAUUGUGUCCCUUCUCAUUGGCUGGGAACAGUUCCGUUUCCUCCAGCUUGUAGGUUUCGGUCUCCUUGUGUACGGUACUUUAUUAUUCAAUGGCCUCAUUGGCUCUGAACCCGUAGUCGACCCUCUUCCCGAAGAGUUCGAGCACAGUUAA